GGGCUAUCAGAUUACCGUUUCAGAUAGAUGAUGCUAAUCCUAUUAAGCCUGAGUCCAAUAAAUCCUCAGCCUCACAGUUCGAGAGUGUCAUUAUUGUCCCAGAGGAGAGCGUGCAUGAAGAGGACGACAGCAGCUCGGCAGACAUUAUUGUGGCUGGACAUGUAAAAUCCCUGGAUAAGGUAAGUGAUACCAAGGAGAAGAAAAAUCAAUGUAUGGAUCCCAAGAUAUACCAGGGGUAUACACUCCAGAUUUUGUAGACUACAUCUCCCCUGAUGCUUUGCCAGUAUAAUGGGAAUUGUAGUUCAUAACAUCUGGAGUGCAGAAGGUUGCCAACCCCGAUACUGGCCCAAAGACUGGCAUAGAUUAAUUGGAUGUCCUAGGCCCAAACACUGGCAUAGAUUAUCUACAUACCAACACAAUCAAUACUAGCAACUCGUGAUCUCUUCUCGCAGAGAAAUGGGGGGUUUACAAUUGUGUACAUAGAUUCAUAUUGUGAUUAAUUGUGUGCUGAUUGCAAGGGUUGGGGCAGAAUCGGUUUGGCCUCAACUUACAAAGUUGUUUAACAAAAGUCAAACCGGUUUAUUCGCCAGGUAAAAUACUGUGUAAUAGAUUCUGUUAUGGAACUGGGGAAUUCAAAUAUUGGGACAAAAAACCUGAGCUGGAAAAAAAGAAUUAAAAAUCUGUCGCAGUUAUUUUUCUGUUUCUGCAUUUUGUUCUAAUUUUGGUUAAUUUCCUCGUCAAUUCUCUGCCAUUUUGGCUGAGUGAAUAAAACUUUCAAUGAUUGCUAAAGGAGAAACAUAUCAUGUGACGGCCAAGCCGUGGUGACCCUAUAGUGACAUAAUUUACUCGUGUACACGGGACGUCUUGCGCACAUGUUCUCCUACAGGACAGAAAGAUCUAGAUAUUCCCAAAACAAUGCAUUUAGGGAUUGGUGUCACCAAUAAGCCUCUUUAGAUGACAGUACCUUGCUGCUUCAGCAAAACCUUUUCUUUAAUCCCAUCAGAAGCCAUCCAGCCACAAGCACAUCAGAGUGAUAUCCAUCUGAGGCUUAGAACAGACACAAUGCAAGGGAGACAUAAAGCGAUAAUGUUCUAAGAGAAAUCUACAUAACACGUCACAGCAAUGUACUAAACAUCUCUCUCCUUACUGACCUUGGAAGGAAGGCUCGAUUAGUUGAUACUGCUGGGAAAUAAACAUGCAGUAUCAACAGGUAUUGGCAUUUGCUAAGGGAAGAGGGAUACAGCACCCAGAUCACUUCAACGAGAAGACGUGGUCUGGGUGCCAAAACUGACCCUUAAAGUUAACUCCACUGAGCUAAUCAACCAGGAAGUAGCAGGACCUGUUGUCUGAUUGACAGCCAAGGGGGCGUGACAAUGUUACUUUAUUAGUGAGUCAAUUUCUAUUGAAUUCUGCAUAUAUUUUUUUCUUCACACAUAAAGCAUUUCAGCAAGCUAAAGUGUUUUAGGGGUCUGGAGUGACCCUUUAAUGAUGGAGAGGGUUAACUGCUCAGAUUGUGAUACCAUGCGCGUUUUUGGUUUUAUAUUUAUUUAUUAAACUUUUCAUCUGCCUACGUUUCACAGAUCCAUUUGCAGUUCUUUGUAAUACACUGUUUAAUCGAUGAGUCACUAAGUAUUAUUAAAACCCAACAUGGAGCACAUGGAGAUUUGCAAAUGCCAGAUAAAAAGCCCUGGCUAAUAAAAAUAACAUGCACAAGAGCCAUUUAUUUAAAGUGACAGAGAGAACAGAGUAUUUAGCGUAUAGGACUAAUUAAUAGCAAGCCACAAAACCUAUGCAGGAUACAGCCUAUGAGCCUAGUCAGUGUAUUAUUACAGUUCAGUGUAGUGGUCAUGGUGCUACGUGGUGUUGUCCCCUGGUUUUCUGUAUAACUAGUAUGGAGAGAUUUUCCAACCUCCUCUGCAGUUACAGCUAAAGCAAAAAAUGACGUGUAGGCCAAGAACACCGGGGAUGAGCUAGAUGGGUGCAGGUUAGCCCAGGACUGGCCUCCGAGGUGAGUGGGAGAUAUUGGAUUUUAUCCAGAGAAGUGGGAGUUUAGAGAUGGAUUCCGGAUACGCAGGAGUUUAGGAAUAGAGUCUAUGGCGGUGGGGUAAUGGAUAGAGUCUGGAAAAGUGGGAGUUUAGAUAAAGAACCAGGGAGAUUGGGAGCUUAGGGACAGAGUCCUUAAAGGUAAAGGAAUGUGAUGGAGAUUUUUAAGGAGGUAGAAUGAGAUACAUUUUUCAUUUGGAAACGGUGCAGGAAUGGGGUAUCGUUAUGGUAUGGUGAAGAAAUUACUUAAGGGAGUGGAUGAAGUAGUGCUACUACAAAGUGGAGGGAUGAUUGGUGAGAAAAGAAGGCAGGAAUGGGCAGCAAUACCGGAAACUGUUAGAAUGGGACCUGGGAAGAGAGAAUGAAAGAAUGAAUGAAAGAAAGUGUAAUGAGAGGUGACGUCAUGUUUUGGACCUCGAUGAUCUAACAGGAUGGGAUGUGGACCUCUGUGAUCUGAGUGAAUGGGAUUUGGACCUUGGUGAUCUGAGUGAAUGGGAUUUGGACAUUGGUGAUCUGAGAGGAUGGGAUAUGGACCUUGGUGAUCUGAGAGGAUGGGAUUUGGACCUUAGUGAUGUGAGUGAAUGAGAUUUGGACCUCAGUGAUCUGAGAGGAUUGGAUUUAGACCUAAGUGAUCUGAGAGAAUGGGAUUUGGACCUGAAUGAGGUAAGUUGGUAGGAAGUGAUGUGAAGUUAUGGGAAAGAUGAUGAUGUGAGAAGAUGCGGACAUAAUUAAUAUUUCUGGUCCGGUGUCUAUGCAUAUCACAAAUCUGUAGGAAGCUGUAGAAAUAUGUCCUAUAGUUAUGUGUCUCCCCUGGCUCGUUGUGUAGGCUUGCAUGGCAGUCUCAGUGCACACGUCCAUUUUAGUGCACUAUGUUGAAUAUGCACAGAAAUUAAUUUAUGGCAAACAAGAUCUAGCAAGUGGGGAAUAGUAAAUUACGAGGUAAUAUUACACAGUCUUUCAUUUUCACUAAUAAAAAUGAAUGGCCAUUUUCCUUUUAUUAUACUAAGUUCUGGAUUGUUCACAAGAAAUACUUACAGGGUUGUUCACUAAAGCAAGAAUGUAAAGUGUUAAAUAUGUUAAAAUAGCUAAAGUGGUUAAAUCCUUUUUGAAUAUUAACUUUAGUGAACGCAGCAUUUAAUGCCACUACCCUUGAUCAUCCUACAGAGCUCUACGCAUGGAGCUCUGGCAAUAAGCUAUCAAACCAGCAUGGAGACGCAUAUAGAUGAGGUUGCAGCAGCCUCCCAGAUCUCCUGCCAUUCAACGCCCUCUAAUUUCUCGUUCAGGGCCCAUUGAGCUAUAUAAGUGAGCUCCCCCCCAUUCUAACGUGUUUGUGCUGAGGUGUCCAUACAGAAUAGUGAUCAGGCCUUUUGGGAAUUAUUCUUUCAUGCACAUCCUUUCGAAAAACGUGAGUGGGGUCAGCAUGGACGUUUUUGCCGCCGGGUUUUGGGCAUAAUCCCAAAGUUGGAGGUAUCGAAAAAAGUCAGAAGGCCGUAAAGGGGCCCUGGUUUUUAAUUCCUUGAAUGAUAUAAGCGAGCCGCCUUCAUAUAGCUGAUAUAAACGCUGUACCCCUGUGCAGGCAGGGUUAAAGUCUCUAGAUUCCAUCCCCGGGGGAAACGCUUUAUUCCUCAGGUAAGGGGUUAACGAAGAUAAGUGGGUAGAUAUCUCUGCUAGAUAGUAAAAGUAGAGGUUAGGUAAACCCAAUCAGCCCCUCGCUUUCACCCUAUAAAGAACAUUGCGUGAGACUCUAUGCUUCCUAUUCUGCCAAAUGAAUUUUCCUAUAGCUUUUUGAAGUACUCCCAAGUCAGACUUAGUCAGCCUGACCGGGAGUGCUUGAAAUAGGAACAGAAUCCUAGGGAGAAUAUUCAUUUUCACUGAGUGUAUCCUGCUGAUCCAAGAGAUCGGCUUAUCCACCCACCCCUCCAUGUCUUCUAUCAACGUUCGGAUCAUGGGCACAUAAUUUUAUAGAAACAAUUGAGUAGGGUCCGCCGUCAAUCAGACUUAAGUACUUUAUAUGAUCUCACGCUAUACGUAUUUUAUAAGUACGUCCUAUAUGAGCUAUGUCCGUUUCUCUUAUCUAAAUUACAUUUCAGUGGUAUAAAUUGUUAUUAGUAAGUAAUCUAAAAUUUCUCAGCCCCGUUCAUGAUCAAUCCCCCCUAACAUUAAAGGAUCUCUAUAGUGCCAGGAAAACAAACUUGUUUUCCUGGCACUAUAGUGCCCUGAGGGUGCCCCCACCCUCAUUGCCCCCCUCCAGCCGGGCUGAAGGGGGAGGAAGGGAUUAAACACUUACCUUUCUCCAGCGCCAGGCUCCAUCGGCGCUGGGGACUCUCCUCCUUUGGACGUCAUCGGCUGAAUGCGCAUGCGCGGCAAGAGCCGAGCGCGCAUUCAGUCAGUCCAUAGGAAAUCAUUCUCAAUGCAUUCCUAUGGACGCUGGCGUCUUCUCACUGUGAAAAUCACAGUGAGAAGCGCCUCUAGCGGCUGUCAAUGAGACAGCCACUAGAGGCUGGAUUAACCCAUAUGUAAACAUAGCAGUUUCUAUGAAACUGCUAUGUUUACAGCAGGCAGGGUUAACCCUAGAGGGACCUGGCACCCAGACCACUUCAUUGAGCUGAAGUGGUCUGGGUGCCUAUAGUGGUCCUUUAAAGGGAUACUAUAGUCACCAGAACAACAACAGCUUAAUGUAGUUGUUCUGGUGAGUACAAUCAUUGCCUUUUCAGAGAAAAGGUAGUGUUUAUAUUGCCUCUAGGGACAUCUCCAAGUGUCCACUCCUUAGAUGGCCACUGGAGGUGCUUCCUGGGUCAGUGCUGUACAGCAAGCAGCCCUGCCGAUCAGCAUCUCCACGCAUGGCGAGGGGGACGCUAAAUUUUCCUUAUAGAGAUGCAUUGAUUCAGUGGAGGUGGCUCUCUCUAUGCUGACUGCCAGGUGUAAAGGGCGGAGCUUAUAACAAUGACUGACAGGGAGCUAAGAUGGAGGUGGCUCUCUCUAUACUGACUGCCAGGUGUAAAGGGCGGAGCUUAUAACAAUGAUUGACAGGGAGCUAAGAUGGAGGCGGCUCUCUCUAUACUGACUGCCAGGUGUAAAGGGCGGAGCUUAUAACAAUGACUUGACUCUCUCUAGACUGGAAGCUUAUAACAAUGAUGACAGAGCUAAGAUGGAGGCGGCUCUCUCUAUACUGACUGCCAGGUGUAAAGGGCGGAGCUUAUAACAAUGAUUGACAGGGAGCUAAGAUGGAGGUGGCUCUCUCUAUACUGACUGCCAGGUGUAAAGGGCGGAGCUUAUAACAAUGAUUGACAGGGAGCUAAGAUGGAGGUGGCUCUCUCUAUACUGACUGCCAUGUGUAAAGGGCGGAGCUUAUAACAAUGAUUGAUGGAGGCGCCCAGUUACAGGAUAAAAAGGUGUGAAUUUCUACAUUUAAUUUUACUGUUCACUCCUCAACAAUAGCUAUUUGCUAAAUAUUAAGAUAGGUCAUAAGUCAAUAUAAUAUUAAAAGCCGCGUGAAGGGACAGCUCCCUUUGUAGGGUUACAGAAUUACUAGUUAAAAUAAAACCCCAGUGUCUCUUUAAAUUUAUACCCUGCUCAUUGUAAAGAGAAAAACGACUUCUUGGCUAUUUUAACCAUUCGCAGGGGACACACUCCUGAUUUGAAGAAAUGGCUGGGAGUGUUGAGGGUAGUGGUGAUUUAGCAAUAACUAAUAAUAAUUUUGGUAACUGCAUGACCUAUUCAUAUCUAGUUCUAGAAUUGGAAUAUAUAAUUUAUUCCAAACAGUAUUUUAUUUACAGCAGCACAUUAACAGAACUACCCCAUGCAGAUGUAGAAGGUAAUUAUGAUUAAUCAGGAUGGUUAGGCAAACAUUGACUUGUAUUACAAUCUCCCCCUAGUAUACACAGAUUGGUUUUUGGAGCGAGGUACUUUCUCUUGUUAAGGAGAGAAAUUGGGUCGUUUCCAGUGGUUUCACUCUCAGGCCAGUCACAUGCUACCCGUUGCCUCUCGCGUCCUUGGACUAAGCGGAUCAGGUCUGAGCCCAGUUAAUGCCCAGGUCAGCAGGAAUUAGCACCUCUCAGAAAAACUAUUUACAUGGAAAUAAAACAUGGAGCGAAGCAGAGUGAUAGAAAUCGUGUCAUCACGUUGUUUAUAUUCCAUUUUUAAUGUUUGAAGAUAUACAAAUGUAACAUCUGAUAUUAAUUUGUUAUAUUUGCAAUAUUGUAUCAUUACGGGGGAUUAUUCACUUACCAGCUAGUCACUGUGCAGAGGACACGACAUUGUAAUGUAUCCGAUAAUAGUAAUGGGAUUCGUCUAAAUUGCAGAUUACAAGUUCGUGAACGUUUCUCUUUAUAAUUUUUGUGGCUGUCUGUUAUUCUACAAAAUCGAAAAUUUCCAGAAACAGUGAAUUAAAUUCAAACUGAGUUCGAAAUACCUUGAAUUUCCGUUAAUGCACACUUGACAGGGUUAUUCAUGGAAAGCGAGAAUUGAUAGGAAUUCACAGUGAAUUUCAAAUUUAAAGGGCCACUAUAAUCACCAGAACAACUACAGUUUAUUGAAUUUGUUCUGGUGAGUAGAAUCAUUACCUUCAGGCUUUUUGCUGUAAACACUGUCUUUUCAGAGAAAAUGCAGUGUUUACAUUACAGCCUAGUGAUAACUUCACUGGCCACUCCUCAGAUGGCUGUUAGAGAUCCUUCCUGGGUCAUGGCUACCUAAAAUGCAUCCAAACAUUUCGUAUCUCCUCCCUAUGCAUGCAGACACUGAACUUUCCUCAUAGAGAUUCAUUGAUUCAAUUCAUCUCUAUGAGGAGAUACUGAUUGGCCAGGGCUGUGUUUUAAUUCUGCUGGCUUCGCCCCUGACCUGCCUCUUUGUCAGUCUCAGCCAGUCCUAUGGGGAAGCAUUGUGAUUGGAUCAGGCUACCACUUCUGAUGAUGUCCGCAGACUGCUUGUUUUUCUGAGUCUAACAGCAUGCAGCGUUACAGCUUCAGGCUUGAAUACAGUAAGAUUUUGCUAUAUUUAUGGAGGCAUGAGGAGCCCAGGGGGGCUAGAUGGUUUCAACACUAUACGGUCAGGAAUACAUGUUUGAGUUUCUGACCCUGUAGUGAUCCUUAAAGGCUAAACUAGCCGACCUAGAAACAAUUUUCCGACUCAGAUCUGCUUCCAGUUUGCAUACUUUGACCUUAAAUUUGAAAUCUACUUUGAAUACCUGGUAAUUCUUACUGUGCUAUUUCUGCCUUAGACAAAAGAUAAAUGUGAAUUGAACAAAACAUCAUAGAGAAUACUCACUUGAAUGCCUGCAUACAAUCGGUUCUCUCCUUUAUUUUGACAGGUGUCUUUUUAACUUCCCCAGUUGGGUGGCUCCAUCAGGCUCUGCACCCAGUGACUGCCAGACACCGAGGAUUAAACAGAGGUCACCUACACCAUGAACCUCGAACCCGCCAAAGCGGAUAUCAAAUCAGCCACCCGAGUAACAGGGGGCCCUGCCACCCCCAGGAAAGGACCCCCAAAAUUCAAACAACGGCAAACUAGGCAGUUCAAAAGCAAACCUCCAAAGAAAGGUGUACAAGGGUAAGAAAUGAGCUAUGCUUGUUGUAUGUCAAUGGUUCUCAGACCAGCCAGAAGGAACCACCAGUACUCCGAUUACCCAUUUAUAUAUUUUACACUUUGCCCAUUACUUCUGGCAGGGAGUACAGAGCUACAAUCUUUGGCCUUGUGGCACAGAUAUCAGAGAGGCUCUGCUUCUUUAUUGGUAGAGCUCAAAUCAGUGCCAGAUGGUGCCAGGACAUCAUCCAUUAAUCACUGCUCAUAGAGUUUUAAGGAGUCAAAGUGACCCCAUACACAGCACACACAGGUUAGAUGUGGAUUAUCGGUCUAUAUUAACACUGUGCAUACAUACAGAAAGGUGGAAUGGCAAUAGAGUAGUCAGGGUUACAGAAUACAUUCUUUCGAUAUGUCUAGAUGGGUCAAACUCUGUUAUUUUAUCCUAAAAUUUGACUAUCUUGAAAUUCGAAAAUGAUUGUAGAAGCCACACUCAAUCCCAGCAAUCUCACAACGACAAGGCAACCAAGAAAUUCCCCAGGAACUCAAAGUGUUAAAGCCGCAGGCAGAUUUAAAGAAACAAAAUAAGACCAGCAACGUUUUGACCACGUAAGAGGUCUUAUUCAAGCUAAUAGCUAAUAGCUUGAAAAAUACAUCUUUUAGAUUGAAAAAGACCUCUUAGGAAGUUGAAACGUUGCUGGUCUUUUUUGUUUCAUUAAAACUGCCUGCAGCUUUAACACUUUGAGUGCCUGGGGAAUUUCUUUGUUGCAAUAUCUUGAAAUUCCUGACAGUUGGAACGUUAGUGAAAAAUUUCACCAGGAUCUAACACGUCUCUCUUCAUCCUCAGGUUUGGAGAUGAUAUUCCCGGCAUGGAGGGUCUAGGAACAGGUAAUUCCAGCCUUCUGUUCGUCAGGUCACCAAUAACUUACUGUAUACAGAGGAGGAUAAAUGGGGGUGGAUCAGUGUAUUGUACUCUAGAGAUCCAUUAAAGGAUCGUACCCACCAUAUUCCACGGUAAUGGUUUAUGGCAGGAGUACCCCGGGCCCAGGUCCCAGUUAAUGCUGGUUUGCCCCCUUACUUGGGACCCGCCGGUUUCAGAAGCACCCUGCCACUGUUGUGACAUGCGUCUAGCUUCUACAGAAGCCACAGUCAUCAUUGAUUGACUGAGAGCGUCAGCUUACCACUCUCAGCCAAGGACUGACAUUCUGUGUAAAGAACGUUGCACAGAUUUGAUAUUAGUCAGCCCGAAACUCCAUUUCCAGGCUGGCUUACGGCAGAGAGGUUAAACGCAGAAUGUGCUGUAUUUCAUCACAAAACGCUACACAUACAGACUCCAGGCACCAUAACCACUUCAAAUCAUUGAAGUCACUGUGAUUUGAAGUGGUGAUGGUGCCUGGAAUAAUACUUUGUCAGAACAUCAGCAGAAUUAUUAUAUGGGGUUAGACUAGUGCAGCCUCCGUGGUUAAUUGUACAGCACAGUUUAAAAUGUCCUACAAAUAAAUUAGAGUACAUUUACUUCUUAUACGUUCCAAUACAUGUUGAGAUUAUGGUUUACUCCAACUAAACAUCCUACUUACACAAGGAGCCGCUGAAAUCUUAAAAUAAUGCUGGCACGAGAGAGAAAGACUUAUUAAAGAAGGAUUUGUAACCCGCACGCCAUGGAUAAAUGGUGUGCACUUUUUUUAUAAUGUCAUUUAAUGCAAAGCUGCACCUCCACACAGUGAGGGCAUGCAUGGUGCCUCGGUCAGACGUUUUGUAUCCACACUGGAUUUUGGAAACAAUAGAGAGGAUCCCAUAAGGGUCAUUAUAUUAUCAUAGCUUUGCAAGAACUUCACUAACCAACACUCCCUCACCCAUAGAACACCACUGAUCGUCUUAUUGAACAAAGUCAAAGUAUUUAGUCUCCGGUGAGAGAACUAUGAUGUGCGCACCCGAUGAUCAUCAGGUGUGAAUAGGAAAUGUGGAAAAAGCAAUGAUACAUUUUCUAUAAAUCAAUCAAUCACUCAAAGGUUCUGUCAAAGUAUUGUUUGCUUCUACAGAGUUUUUUAAAGGAGACAAUUACUUUAAUAAUUGGUUAUUGUAAUGUUAUCGAGCCCUAUAGUCACAUCAUUGGGUUAUGAAUGAUAUACUGGGUUACAGAGAUUAGAAUUUUGGUGUCAGACCGGCAAUAUUAGAAUAUUAAAUGACAUCAUUGUAACAUCUGUGAUUUUUCUCUCUUUAGACAUCACCGUUAUCUGCCCCUGGGAAGCCUUCAACCAUUUGGAGCUGCACGAGCUGGCCCAGUAUGGCAUUAUCUAGAGAAUCCCCGGUUCUGUCCUUACCCACGCCUGUUUCUUGGUUCUAUAAAUGCAAGGAGAUGUAGUCUGUGUAAGGCUCCGCGCAAGUCAAAAGCAACCAACUCUGUGUUCUUCUUCUUCUUCUGAAGUCCAUGGGGGUCCCCUGCUCUGGUCCAGACAGAUCAACUACACACAUCUCAGCUGUCUCACCAACAUACACACUCCUGUGACGCAGGCCUGCGGGCCCCUCUAGCUAAAAGAUGCUUAAAGGAACCCUAAAGUGUCAAUAACACAAACUUGUAUUCCUGACACUAUAGUGUUGCAUUAACUAUGUAGGUUCCGGCCCCGCAUAGAAAAGGUCCAUUUACUCACCCUUUCUCUCACAGUGUACCGGUCUCGCUGCAACUGGCCCAGCCUCCAUGGCUGAGAUCAUAAUCCAGUAGUGGUUCUGCUGACCAUAGUGUCCCUUUACUGUUUAAAUCCCUUGCUCUGGUCCAGACAGAUUGAAUGCACUCCAUCCCUAGGGGCACCUGCGCAACCUUUGGAAUCAUGCGACCAUAUUGUUUACUAUACUUACAAUCUUUUUACUUUUAGUGACUUGCUCGUUAAAAUUUCAGCAAUUGUCUGGGAAAUUCUAUUACCAUCGUAUUCCUCUACAUCGUCUCCCCAACUGUCCCUCUCUCCUCCUACGAGGGUCACUAGAAGUGUCAACAAUGAUUCAACCUGGGAUUAGUUUAAAAUGUGCGUUUUAUUAAGAGUUAGUGAAUAAACAAGUAGCUGGGCAAUGAGGUUUUAAACAAUCUAUACUUUAUAUCCCCUAUCCACUGCUUGCCCAUUGCUGUAUAAAUUCUCUGCUCCCCAUUCCCACCCAAAUUUUAAUCCUUGUACAUAUUCCCAUGUGUCCGUGCGCCUCCUCCCCCUCCCAGAUUAUAAAUCACCUGUAAUCUGCAUCUAAUCCUCGCUGCACAACUGUUUUAUAAGAUAUAAUAUCACGUGUUGGUUAAAUCCUGCAGAUAAGAAACACUGCUGAUAAAUAAAACACUGUGGUACAAACCGUCUAGAAUCCUUUCAGUUUUACAUUCGCUCCGUAUGAUGUGAAUUGAGCAAGGCUGGGUAUUAAGAAAGUGACAUUUCACGAGAAGGGCAGUACAGAUAGUGUUACAUUGUAUAACGCAGGCUUCCCCAAACUCCGGCCCUCCGGAUGUUGCUGAG